ACGUAUUAUAUCAAUCAAGUAUGUUGUAACAAGAUAUUAUUAUGAGUUUGUUUUAUAUUUUUGAAUUAAAAAUUUAUAGUUUCAAUGGCAUUCAAACGGAUAGCCAUGCAUUUGCAUACUGUCAAUACUCUCCAUUUUUGCAGUGUACAGCACUGACCAAUAAAUAUAACAUAAUCAAAACUUGUUCCGUAGAACGGUAUAUCAGCGGGCAUUACACAGAACGUGAGGUUGGUUGGUGCUCGGUACUUGUUAGUUUAUUAUUGAGAGAAUGGUGAUUUGUUAAGCAAAUUAUAACAUUAAGCAAGAUGGUUUCAAAGUUGUUGACAGCAAUAACUCGAAAGAAAAAACUAGACGCGGAAGAACCAAAAACAAAUCUAGCAAGAGUGCUUUAUUUACUUGAUCUUGUAUUGUUAGGAGCUGGAUCUACGUUGGGUUUAGGAGUCUACAUUCUUGCAGGAUCAGUAGCGAAACUUUAUGCAGGUCCUGCAGUAUCCAUUUCAUUUUUAAUAGCAGCUAUUAUAUCAUUAUUUGGAGGUUUAUGCUAUGCUGAGUUUGCUGCAAGAGUUCCUCGGACAGGUUAUGCAUAUGCCUAUUGUUACGCCGGAGUUGGUGAAUUGGUAGCAUUUAUUGUAGGAUGGAAUCUACUCUUAGGAGCAGUAUUAGGUGCUUCUAGUGUGGCAAGUGGAAUGAGCAGUUAUUUAGAUACUUUGGUAGAUAGAAAAAUAUCAACAACUUUAAGAUAUUGGUUUCCAAUGGAUCUUCCAUAUUUGGUCUCUUCACCCGAUUUUUUGGCGCUUGGAAUAAUCAUGUUACUCACAGUACUUUUAUCCGUUGGAAUGAAAGAAUCGUCAAUAUUCAAUAAUGUUUGUACCGCUUUAAACUUGUUCACCAUCUUGACAGUCAUAGUGGCAUGCACAAUCAAAGCGGAUAUCAAAAAUUGGAAAAUUGCAGUCGACCAAAUAGCACCAAAGUAUAAAGAAAAAGCAGGUAGUGGUGGUUUCUUUCCUUAUGGUAUAAGUGGUGUAAUAGCUGGAACUCCGAAUUGUUUCUAUGGUUUCACUGGCUUCGACGCUUCUGCGGGAUGCAGCGAGGAAGCUAAAAAUCCAAAAAGGGAUAUACCACUCGCUAUUCUGAUCACUUUAUUUUUAGUAUUUGUGGUUUACUUCACCAUCUCAACAGUUCUAACAUUGGCCUGGCCAUAUUAUCUACAGAGUGAAGAAGCACCCUUUACUUAUGUCUUUGAUCAAUUUGGUUGGGUAGAAGUGAAAUGGAUUGUAACCGCAGGAGCAGUUUUUGCGUUGUCUUCCAGUGUUUUUGGUUCUAUGUAUUUUGUUCCAAGAAUAUUCUACGCUAUGGCUGAAGAUGGAUUGAUUUUUAAAUUCUUAGCCAAAGUUCAUCCCACUACCAAAACUCCUCUGGUAUCCACGGUUUUAUCAGGGAGUAUCGCAGGUAUACUUGCUGCAUUCUUAAAACUAGAAGCAUUAAUGGAUCUUAUGACGAUUGGAGCAUUUUUUUCUUAUAUUGUAGUAGCUGCCUCCGUCAUAGUCUUAAGAUAUGAAAAUAAGCAAACUGUAAUAGAAGUGGCAUCAGGGCAAGAUUUUUACAUACACAGUAAGCAGCAUUAUCUGGAAAGCCUAUUUAAUAUUAGUAAAAGUAAAGUUCCUACAAAAACCACAUCGAUUGUUGUAAAUAUAAGUGCGAUGUUCUUUACUAUUAUAAGUGCGGUAUUCUGCAUAAUAAUAAUCAAUGAUUCGUUCUUCUCUUCUAAAAACAUGCAGUACAUAACUUGUUCAGCGGCUCUAUUACUAAUGAUUAUAAUAAUGUUGGUAAUAUAUAGGCAACCAGAAUCCGAAGCAAAGAUAUCGUUCAAGGUUCCAUUAGUACCCUUAAUACCAUGCCUUAGCAUAUUAUUUAACUUAUAUUUGAUGAUGCAGUUAAGUUUGUUUACGUGGAUGGGAUUUCUGGGCUGGAUUGGAAUAGGUUGCGUCGUCUACUUCUUUUAUGGAAUUAAACACAGCGUAUUAAAUAAAGAAGAAGGAAGUAGAGAAGAAGUCAAAAUUUAAUUAACGAAUGAUUUGUAUUUACAUUAUAUGCGUUAUUCUAGUCAAAAGUAAUAGUCAUCGAAAAAUGAUAAAAGGAUUGAAAUUAGAUCAACGUUUACUAGUCGGAGUUAACUGUACACGAGACAGUUUUCUUUUUUUACCAAACAUAUUGUUUCACAAUAAAUAUAUAGUUUUUAGCUAAUACGUUUAACUUAAAUUAUCUGACUGAAAGCAAUAACAAUAAGUCGUCACACACUCUUCUAUAAUAGAUGUUUACUAACACAUAUCCGUUUAUACAGAAAUCGGUAUAAUACAACAAAUAUGCAUUUUAAGAGAGAAAAAUGCAGCUUCAAAAUGAAUUUAUUAAAAGAAAUUACAAAAGGGAUUCGAAAAAGGAUUACUGUAAAUGUUCAAAUUGAUACCCAUUUACGGCAACGUUUCUCAACGGCGAGGCAUGCUAAGAGGUUCAAAUUCUUCUUUAAUUGCAGUUCGGAAGUCGGUAAGGGCGGGUGGUCCCUUCGCAAAAUCGCGGUCCUUGAGAAGGCACUACAGAGAGAAAAACAGGGUGUCAGGUCACAUGACCGUGCAAGCCACUCAACGAAUCCUCGUCUGUUUAUCCAUUAUCCAAAAUGAACAUCCCGCACACAUAACGCGUAGUGCGACGAAGCUCCAUCCUGCAUGAAAUGAUGGAUGUUGACGAGUGUUGGAUCGCUGUCCAAUUAUCCACGUAAAUCUUCGAGCAUUUCCAGAUAACUUUGGCCCUACACGUGACCCCCAAAAAAGUACAAAUCCACGAGACCUUCAGCAUGGAUACCUGCCGAUUUUUUUUCGAGAACGUUACCUGACUUAUGCCGACCUCUGUAGUAUAGUAUUAUAGUAUGCCAACUUCACCUUUUAUCUUCAGCAAACUGUAACUAUAAGGGUAAAUAAACAAUAAAAAAGAAAAUUCGAUUUACAAUGUAUUAAUAUAAAUUUUAAGCUCGGUUUUUCGUCAAAAAAAACUGAAGUAAAUGGUGUUCAAAAAUCACUAAAGAUAUAUGUGCGGUCUAUUGUUGUUCUGAUAAAAAUCUAUUGACCGUAAACCGCUAAACAUUCUAGUUAUUUUUUCCAUAUAUUUAUAAAUGAGGUGCGAACCUUGAAAUAUAUAUUUUGUUGUAAAAUUUUUAAGUGGAUCAGGUGAAGUAAAUAAUAAACUCGUGAAAACUGAAUACUUUAAUUAAAACUGGUAACUCCAACGUUUACAAGAAAAGUAAAUAACCGACUGACUCUAGUAAAAAUACGAUACACUUUUUAGACCUCUUUAAACAAGGACAAAGCGUCAUUCUUGUCGUUAGCAAAACAUACACAUAAACGAAAAACUAAACAGUACAUAUAAAAACGGUCAACAAACGUAUCGAUUACAAAAAACUCGUAUUUCAGCCUAAAUGCUGACACGGCUAGUCAGUGAUGCUUUUAAACACGUCAAUAUAUUUAAGAUAGAAAUAAUGCAUAGUUUAUUGAUGAAAAUGAUGUUUAAAAAUUUGAAUUAUAUCGUAGUAGUAAAAGUAAAAUGUUUACAAACAACCCUUGUAAUAUGAAAAUUAUCUAAAUUCAUAUUAAUUGCAAUAAAUAGCAUUAUCAUGUAGAAGAAGUUAAAUAAAAAAAACUAGAACCAGGUUGGCAUCGUUGCAUAUAUUACAGCUCGUUUGACAACGUUGUAAAUAAAUUCUGUAUUUGCUGACAUAAAAUAGUAAAAACAAUUUCUGAAUCAUUUGAUGAUAAUAAUUUACAUAAAAAAUUUAAAACGUGCAUAUUUGAAAGUUAUUCAUUUAAAAUUCAAUUUGAAGGUAAUCCAAAGGUAACGUUAUUAUUUGGACCACUUUGAAUUGCUGACCACAUAUUUCUUCUGAUUUGUAUACUUGUUGGAUUUGCAUUUAUUUUCACAAGAAUCUAUCCCAAGCUAUUAACCAUUAUUACACAGUUAGUCUUUUGAUAAAGUUGAAAACUAAAAUAAAUUAAAAAAAAAUAAACAAAUAAAGAUGGACACGUGCAAUUACAUUAGGAAAAGAACAUCGUGGAAUUAAUCCUAUGCUGAAUAUCUGGGGGAAAGAGAGGCAAUAAUCAAAUGAACAACAUGAUAGUGAUUCCUACAAAUAUAUCAAUAUGAUAUUGCAUUAAUCUUAUAAACACUUUUUGAUAUGGAGUACUGUCCGACCCUUUACUGUGGGGCAAACAAGGUUGUUGUCUAUUGUUGAAAUGUUUGAAAAUUUAGUUCCAUUUAAGCAAGAACAGACAUAGAUUGGAAGGAUUGGCUCUUAUGACUGUUCACAAGAAUAUUACAGUGUCAAGAAGAUCAUGAGUGGGAAGAACACUCAUCGAAUUUAUCGUUUAAUUCAAAAUUAAUAUCACUCAAAAAUACUGUUAUUUUUUAUUUUAUGUUUUUGUUAAUAUAAUUAAUAAUGAUUUCAGAACUUUUCAUUUUAUUCAAAGAAAUGUGAUAUAAUAUUUUAUUAAUUUUAAUAUUCCUUAAUAUAUGAAAAUGUGGUGCACUCUUAGGGAAGAUACUAUUAAUCUUUCCAUCCCACCAGUGGGACCUCUCAAGGCACUUUUAGUAAACCGCAGAAGGGUCAGUUAACUCUUCCUAGAAAAAGUUGAUCUAUUUAUUCUCAAUCAACUUGAACUACAAUGCAAUCCGUCCGUGGCAGUUGGAACAAAUUCGAACAAAAUGAUGAUUUCAUUAUGAUAUUUUUGUAUUCUAUUAAUAUUAAUUUAAUAAAGAACUGUUUUUAGU